UCUCGUGGGGUGAAGGUUCGUGGUAACAUGUGGUGAGACAUGGCUGCGCCCUGUUUGUGUUGAGGGGGAUAUUGAAUUAAGGAGAGUUAUCGCUAGAUUUAUGUUUAUGUUUUGAAGGAACUACAAGUAGCGCACAUGAACAAAACAAAAUGUCGCUAAAAGACACCGGUCAAGGCCAGCUCAUGUCCAGAGGCGCCUUUAUGGAAAUGCUCUCCAAAAAAUUCGAAAGGCUACCCGACUUUGACAGAAAAUUCUUUGCAUAUGGCCCGAUCUAUUUGGGUGGUAAUGCUGGCUUUGCUGGGUUGAUUGCAAAUAGUUUUUAUCGACGUGCACUCAAUGUCACUCAAGGAAGAUUUACCUCCAGUCUUCCAAUGGCAGUUCUCCCUUUUCUGACAACUGUGGCAUUAUACACUGCAGCUGUCAGCAAUCCUUUGUUAUCAGGAGACCUGAACUGCCCAACUUGUGUCCUGAUUAGAGGUGCUUUAGUGGGUGUGGUUGGUGGUGGUGUAUACCCCAUUUUGUUGGCAUUACCUGUAAACGCCGGACUUGCAGCCAGGUACAACAGCACUCCAAUGCCAGAGAAGGGAAACAUACUACGCUUCUGGAAGAAUCUGAGCAAACCCAUUGUGCAGAAAAUGUAUGCCGUACUGCUACUACAGGCUCUCUUUGGCACUUACCUAAGCUCUAAGCACUUUGAUAUUUAUCUGAAGAUGCUUAAAUUACCAGAUUCAGACAGCGAGGAGCUUCAUGACUAAGCCAUCAAACUAGGGGAGUAAUAGGAUUUCUGAGUUAGCCAGAUAACUUAAGCCCAAUUUUGAGAAUGGUCUAACAAGAACGUCCCUCAGCUCUUUUCCGAUUAGACAGGCUUGACCUUAGGCUUAAGUUACCUGGCAAAACUCAGGAAUCCAUCUUUGUGAAACAUGCCCUAGACUAAAAGCUGUUGUCAAUGGAAUAUCAAAUUUGACAAUUAUUUUUCUUGUAGGCAAAGUCCUAUUUAAUCCAAGAAACACUUGUUUGUUUUUGAUACCAUUAUUUACCAUUAAAACAAACAUUAAAAUGUGA